AUGUUCCGUGGUGUCCCUAAGCCUAUGACCCCGACACCUACGACCCCUGUACGUACGACCCCGACACCUACGACCCCUGUACCUACGACCACUGCACCUACGACCCCUACACCUACGAUCCCUGCACCUACGAUCCCUGCACCUACUACCCCUGCACCUACGACCCCUGCACCUACGACCCCUGUACCUACGACCCCUACACCUACUAUCCAUGCACCUACUACCCAUGCACCUACUACCCCUACACCUACGACCCCUGCACCUACUAUCUACACCUACGACCCCUGCACCUACUACCCUACCUACGACCCCUGUACCUGUACCUACGACCCCUACACCUACUACCCCUGCACCUACGACCCUUGCACCUACGACCCCAGCACCUACGACCCCUACACCUACUACCCCUUCACCUACGACCCCUGCACCUGCGACCCCUGCACCUACGACCCCUGCACCUACGACUCCUACACCAACACCCUGUGCCUACGACCCCUGCACCUAUGA